AUGUCUUUGUCAACCCUCAAAGUCAACAGUCUUUACGUCGUUCUUUUCAUCAGAGCUGACCCGCCACUUCCGGAUGACUUCCACUGGGCUUUUUACUUUCAUUGCAGCGAAACUGGCGGCACGAAAUACCACAUCAAGAACCUGGGAAGUGGCUGGAUGCCUGAUCAUGCACCUAAUACUGGGAUCUUCAAAGAAUUCCUUCUGGUGGGACUAUUUAAAGUCGCCAAUAUUCCAGUCAAAAUGGAAAGCUUGAUGGACGAAGCUAUGCGCACUUAUGAUUUCCAAUUGAUUGAGACAGAGAUCAAGACUUGGGGUAAUCUUAAUGCCACAAGUUCUUCGCAAAAUGUCCAGCCAAGACCUGUUGGAAGUUCACUCUUAUGCAUAGAGAUUCGCCCAAUGAAACCUCAUUCAUAUGACCUUAUGACGACAAAGUGA